AUGAAACAGUACUACGUGGACGAUAUGCUGGUGAGCGUCGAAUCUGAACAGGAGGCGAUCCAGUUAGCAAUGGAUGUGAAAUUCGUGCACGCCCAGGCUGGAUUCGACAUGCGAAACUGGAUUUCUAACUCCCCUGCAGUUGUGAAAGCCCUGAAGGACAAUAACAAGGACGAAAUCAGUCUAAAUAUCGGGGCAGAGCUGACGACCGAGAAGAUUUUAGGAAUGUGGUGGUGUACGGCUUCAGAUUCAUUUAUUUACAAACUUUCAGCGAAGCACGACCGGGAUUUGCUUGAUGGGAAUCGCACACCUACUAAGCGAGAGGUGCUUAGAACACUCAUGGUUGUUUUCGAUCCACUGGGAUUGAUAUCCAACGUGAUGAUCUACCUAAAAGUUCUGUUCCAGGAAGUAUGGCGAUCCGGAAUAGGCUGGGAUGAGGUGAUACCAGAACGUCUUAACGAAAAGUGGGAGAAAUGGCUGGAGAUUCUACCCAAGGUACAGACUAUCAGCAUACCUCGCUGUUACCGGUCGGCAAUGCGGUUGGGCCCGCAAACGAACAUCCAGCUACACACGUUCGUCGACGCUAGCCUGUCGGGUUUCGCAGCGGUCGUCUACCUACGUUUCGAACAAGGCAGUACUGUGGAGUGUGCGAUAGUAGGUGCGAAGACACGAGUAGCUCCCAUAAAGUUUGUUUCCGUUCCAAAGCUGGAAUUACAGGCCGCAGUCGUUGGAGUUAGGCUAGCUGACAGAAUUACAAGGUCGCUGUCGUUCAACGUUCACCAGCGGUUCUUUUGGAGUGACUCGAGGGACGUCUUAUGCUGGAUCCGGUCAGACCAUCGCAGAUAUUCGCAAUUCGUUGCCUUCCGUGUCAGUGAAGUCUUGGAAACCACGGGCAUUACUGACUGGAGAUACAAGUGCUCGAAAGAGAAGGUUGCUGACGAUGCUACAAAAUGGCAGGGGUUUCCCGAUCUCACCGAGGACAGCAGAUGGUUCAAAGGUCCAAAAUGCUUGUGGGAGCGCAGCGAUAGCUGGCCAUCAAAUCCAUACGAAGAUGAGCAUACCGAGGAAGAACUACGUGCAAACCUGUUUCAUCAUCGAGUUGAACCCGAACCAAUCAUCACCGUUCAAGACUACUCUCAAUGGGAGCGGUUGCUUCGCGCCACAGCCACAACAUUAAGAGCAGCACAACGGCUUCGCAGCACAACGGAAGAAGCAGAAGGCAGCAAAGGAUCUCUCACGGGCGAAGAAUUGAAGCAGGCCGCCAACUAUCUGUACCGACUGGCUCAAACAGAAGGAUUUCCGGAUGAAAUGGGCGUUCUAAGGGCUAAAGUGGACAACAAGGUGCUACCCAAAUCAAGUUCGAUCUACACACUCAAUCCGUUCCUGGACGAGCAACACAUACUACGAAUGCACGGCAGAAUCAGUGCAUGUGAGUACGCUUCCAUGGAUGCUAAGAAUCCGAUUAUCCUUCCGAAGGACCAUCACAUCACAGGGCUGAUCGUACAAGACUAUCACGAGCGUCACCACCACCAGAACCACACCACCGUCGUGAACGAGUUAAGGCAGAUCUUCCGGAUUCCAAAGGUUAGGCGAUUGUUUCAACAAGUUAGAAGCAAGUGUCAGGUGUGCAAAAACCAAAGGGCUGUUCCUCGUCCUCCCCCAAUGGGUGAUCUUCCUGUGGCUAGGUUGGCGGCAUUCACAAGACCAUUCUCAUACAUUGGCAUUGACUACUUUGGCCCAAUGUUAGUAGUUGUUGGGCGUCGAACUGAAAAGCGUUGGGGUGUGCUUAUAACGUGCUUAACUAUACGGGCGGUACACAUAGAAAUCGCACAUUCCCUCGAUGCGAAUUCAUGUAUAAUGGCGUUGAGAAACUUUAUGGCAAGGAGAGGCGUACCAAUAAAGAUCUAUAGUGAUCACGGGACUAACUUCAUUGCUUCAAAUAAAGAGCUUGGGAAGGCAAGCGUAGAACUUCAAGCUGCACUGAAGGAGAUGAACCAGGAGCACGUCGUCCGAGAAAUCGUCAGUCCAAACACUGAAUGA